AUGGGAGGUGGGCACGGUAUCCGAUCCGUUGUCUACUAUGUCAACUGGGCACCGUACGGAAGAAACCACCAUCCUCAAGAUCUUCCUGCUGAGAAUCUCACACAUGUCCUGUAUGCCUUUGCCAACGUCAGACCCGAGAGCGGCGAGGUGUACCUGACCGAUCCAUGGUCAGAUACUGACAAGCAUUACGAGGGUGACAGCUGGAAUGAUGUUGGGACAAAUGUCUACGGUUGUGUCAAGCAAUUAUUUCUCCAGAAGAAGAAGAACCGGAACCUGAAGGUCUUGUUGAGUAUCGGUGGCUGGACAUACUCUUCGAAUUUUGCCCAGCCAGCUAGUACGCCUAGUGGGAGGAAGACAUUUGCGGAAAGUGCUGUCAAGCUGCUGGAAGAUUUGGGCUUCGACGGGCUUGAUGUUGACUGGGAGUACCCGAAGAAUGCAAAUGAGGCCGAAGACUUUGUCAAACUCCUUCAAGAAACGAGACGAGCGCUCGAUGAGGCGGCUGCCAAACGUCACCACACCAAAUUCUAUUUGACGGUGGCUUGCCCCGCGGGGCCGUCCAACUUCGAAAAGCUGAAGAUUAGGGACAUGGAUCGACUGCUUGACUUCUGGAAUCUGAUGGCAUAUGAUUAUGCGGGUUCCUGGGAUCAAAGAGCCGGCCAUCAAGCAAACCUGUUCCCUUCCAGCUCGCACCCGCAAUGUACGCCGUUCAGCACUGUUGCGGCGGUCGAACACUAUACCAGACACGGUGUGCAUCCGUCGAAGAUCGUUCUGGGUAUGCCGCUGUAUGGUCGAGCUUUUACGUCGACCUCGGGUCCUGGGCACUCGUACAGUGGCGUGGGUGAGGGAAGCUGGGAGCCAGGUGUCUGGGACUAUAAAGCACUCCCGAAGCCCGGUGCCAGUGAGCACCAUGACCGUGAAGUCGGAGCCAGCUGGAGCUUCUGCCCGUCUUCGAAAACAAUGAUCAGUUACGACACUCCUGACCUUGUCACUCAAAAGGCGCAUUUUGUCCGAGACUACGGCCUUGGUGGAGGCAUGUGGUGGGAAUCAUCGGGAGACAAACCUGUCGGUGGUGGCAGCCUUAUUGAAACCUUUGUAAAGAAUUGUGGACACAACCGAUUGGAAGAGGUCAAGAAUUGCUUGGAAUAUCCCGAGAGCAAGUAUGACAAUCUGCGGAACAAGCUCGAAUGA